CCUACCCACCAACUACGUACGGCGGCCGUCUUCCUCUUCAUCCUGGCUAGAGGGAGCAGAGCACAACAUGCGCAUAUCUUCAGCAUGACACGAUAACUGCCACCCUCAUCCUUGUGAUCUACCCUCACUCUUGGAAUUUGUUUGCACAGAUUUGGAACUGUCGUUCCGUUCCGUUCCGUUUCUAGCCCCCUUCUACAGAAAAAAAAACGGAUCUUUUAGCUCGAAUGUGACCGAUGAGAUCUACCCAAAAGGAUCCAAACCAAAGCUUGACUUGUGCACUUCAUAACCAACACCAAACAACACUGUGCUCUCUUUUCUCCACGCUCCCACAUUGUUCCAAGCUUCAAAGCACCGCACUUCCUUACCGGUACUUGGUACUUGCCGGGAUUUGGGGCGGAGGUGGACAUUUGAUCAUAGAUGACUCCCGUCCAUUUCCAGUCUCGGGUACGAGCAGACAGCUGACUGACCGUUGACGCCUCCAUCUCCUCGUUCUCUUUUCCUCUUUUACCUUGUGUUUCCGCGACGAAAUCGCCAAGACCACAGUUUGCUAUUGUUGUGCCUUGUUCAUUACUUUUACGUCCUAAACCAUAAAACCCACUGUAAUCUUGUUCAGUUGUCUACCAAGGUUGCUCACCUCUUUGUUCGUCACUAAAUAUAGCCUUGGCUAGACCUCACAGUUGUUGCUCCUAAUAUCUUUUUCUCUCAGCUUCGCAAAACGGUGGCCAGAACCAGCCAGCCAGCCAGCUUGCACACGCGCGCGCACGCCAUGGUUGAAAGUUGAUACCUUAACGCCAAGCAAGCUGCUGAGUGGUGUGCCAAAUCACCCGAGCAAGAUGCCUAUGUUCCAGUACCAGGCUGGUGCUGAAGAAGCCCGCCCGCCUUCUCCAGACGAACAGGAGAUGGCACUGCCUCAACCAAUCAGGAUCAGCGUUGCUCAGCAGCUAGCGAGGAAGCUCUCCGAAGAGAGCAUACGCACUGAGCUGUGCGAGGGUCCAGUUGAUAGCCCACCUGCGGCACACUCACCACAGCCUCCUGAGCAAACCGCGAGCACCUCGGAUCGUGCUGAACUUAUCGAGCGCUUGAAGCGCGGCGAGAGCCCUACUUGGGUCCCAAAUCGACGUCUCGAUACCCUCUUUCAGCAAGAUGGCCCGCUUUCGUCCACCGAUGGCCGUCCGUGCCCUCGCCCGCAGCCGGACUCCCACGCGACCCUGUUACCAUCAGCCCCGAUCACGAGCGACCAAUAUAGCCCGCCGAACUCAGCGACAGAUACUGCGAAGGAGCGGCAACGGGACGGGUUGAACAUGGAGAGACCGAGAUCCGCCCUUCACAGCGGUGACUUCACUCAGGAUAAUGGUAGAUCGUCAGGGAGCCCCAUGCCAGCACAAGGUCUGUUUCGGGAACGCCAGCAAUCUGUCUGGGAAGGGCGAUGGAUCGGCGAAUCCACAUCACAGCCUCUUAGACUGGCAACAUCACCCCCGCGUCGCUCCGGUGCCAUCGAUAUUGGAGCCCGCACACCACUGCCCAAGCCUUCAGAUACGUACAGCCCGACACGGGAACCGUCGGCGAGUCGCGGGUCUGGUAUCAGCUCUCUGUCAUCUUCAUUUUCCUCUAGCUUUGCCUAUAGGCACCCAACAAGCCCUCUGGUUCAGUCCGAGAGCAACGAAGACUUGGAUCUUGGGUUGCCCCUAAGUAACAUCGAUCUGGGUCCUAGUAGAACCCCUCGCCGUCAUACCCUGUCAGCUCGUGAUUACUCCUCGCCCUCUGUGCCGCCAUACCCUUUCAGUUCUCGCCGCGAGACAAUACCUCCGUAUCAGGCACAUCAGCCGCGGCGAUCUUUGGCGUCGACUCCAACCUGGCAUGCGACCACAUCUUUGGAAGCAUCGCCUGGUUCUCCCACAAGUAUUCUAAGGUCUCGGCAGCAAUCUUUUGGCUCCGACACAUCGCCUUUGCACCAUGCAUCGAUGGUGGGGUCCUACGAAGAGAGUAUUCUGCGCGGACGCAUGUCGACAACUCCGUCCAAGCCUCUUGACUUUGUGGCCCAGAUAGGUGUUCUGGGUAUUGGCGAGUGCAAAUCGAGCCUGCGGUGUCCUCCACAUGUAACCUUACCUUUCUCUGCCGUGUUUUAUAGUUACUCCAGUACUUCUCAUGGCCGGUCCGCCACUGAGGACGGACCAAGCCCGUAUGUGGGCAUGAUUGAUCUUGAGAACGGGCUCAAAGAUCAGAGCGGGGAUGAUCGCGCCAAACGCAAGGCACAAUCCCGUAAUCUCGCACGACGUGCUCGACAAGAAGCCGCUGAAGACGUCAGUAUGGUUGGCAACUCGCCUGAUGAGAUGAUACAAGACAGUCCGUCCAAUCGGCCUGGUACGGACUCUCGCAAAACUGUCAAGUCGAAACGUCAGCCGAGCUCACCAAGAGCACCUCCAGGAGGCUCAUACCGCAUCCCCCCAAAGGGCCAACUGCAAAUUGUGAUCAAAAAUCAGAACAAGACUGCCGUGAAACUGUUCCUUGUCCCAUAUGACUUGAACGGAAUGGAACCUGGCACAAAGACUUUUAUUCGCCAGCGCGUGUUCUCUAAAGUCACAACUAAAACCAACACCGAUGCCAAUACCACCACAAACUCCGAGGUGAGCAAAAACAGCAGCAGCACAGCGCACGAUGUGCAACAACUCUUGGCGGAAACACGACCGAUACUCCGCUACCUGAUCCAUCUACACAUAUGCUGUCCGUCCAAAGGUCGUUAUUAUCUUUACAAAAGUGUGCGGGUUGUUUUCGCCAACCGUGUUCCGGACGGCAAGGAGAAACUUCAGAACGAGAUUACGCUUCCCGAGCCGCGUUUCAGCGCAUACAAGUCUGUCCGUGUCAUGCAGCCCACGCUCCAGAACAACCCGGUGUCAAUGAACACAAGUGGUCCAGGGGCCCUCUUGGCAGCAGAGAAGGCAUUCAGGCGGCGCAGCGCCGGAUAUAUGUUUGGUGGCGCCGGAGGGCAUCUGCACACUGGCGGUUCAAGGUUUGACGACGGCUUCUUGGACGGCAUAUCACGGUCCUUUGGUGCUGGUGGUCCGGUGGCCCUUCCAGGCGGCAUGGUUGCAACCCAGAGCACUCCGGUGGAGCCCAGUGCCUCACCAGCUCCAAGGACGAUACUGGAGAGCAUUACCAGUGAGGGUGCAGAUCCGACAUCAGAUGGGCGCACGGAAUCGUCGUCCCAGGCGAGCACAUCGCCACCACCUGGGACGGUUCGGAACGCAAGCUUGGGGUGGCACGAUCAAACUGGUGCAGAGCUCGAUUCGCUUACCCUAACCCAGUACAACAAGCUAAACAAAGGAGACGUGGGUUAUGGUGGCAACGCCUUCCUAAUGCAAAUCUCCGAUGGUCAGUCGACUGCUAGGGGUGCUGCCGAAGGCCUGUUGUCCCAACGGCUCCGGUCAUUGGGCGUCCAGGAAGAUGAGAACGCAACAGGAUGUGAUCAACGUGAAUAUCUCUAGGUAGCCACUUUAACUACAUGGUCUCCCCCUGUCUUUUUUUUUCCCUCCUGGCUUUGUAAAUACAUUUGGAGCUUUGGAGUAUCGGCGUUGGGAUAAGACUUCUGAAUUUUACUUGAUAGACUGCCUAGCGAGGAUAGAAUAGUAC